AUGAGAACAGAAAACAAACCGACGAUAUAUGAAACAAUCUGGACAUCCAAAAAAUGCUUAGCAUUCAUUUCAUUAGUGAUUGUCUUGUUCUGUUUCUGGAAUUUCGGUACAGAAUUAUUAUUCAAAGUAAAUCCAGCACGGGACUCUUUCGAAAUUGGUUACGGAACAAUGUUUGCGCGUGAUUCAGUCAAUCAGCUCAGAGAAGGCUUUAAAAUCCCUAUGAAUCCGAUGAAUUUUUCACUUAAUAAGUAUCAACCUCCAAUAUUUUUCAAAUCUAUUUAUCCAUCAGGCUAUAUUCCUGGUGAAAAUGAUGUUAAGCUCUUAGAACCAAUGCUUUUAGUAUUCAGAAAUUCAGUUUUCACACCUGAAUCAGUCAUUGUCAAGUGGAAUGGAUUUCAUGUUAUGUCAUUAGUAUGCCACCCUCGAUUUUGGAAUGCCUCAUACUCGAAAUUCUACAAUAUCAACUUUAUUACUUAUUAUAAGUACCAUUCUGCUGUUUGCAUUGGCCAUCAGCACACAUCCGACUUUGGACAUUGGUUCUUAGAAGUUCUUCCGUGUUUCUUUGCAGUUCCUCAAUGGAUUUUGGAUACAUCUGUAAUUGUCGUUCCUCAUUACAAGAAAUAUAUCGUUGAACACUUAUCUCUUUUCAACAUAACCGAAGAUAAAAUUAUUUUCGCUGAAGAUACUUAUUUAUACGCAGAAAAUCUUUACAUGAUGCAUUCAAACUGGUGUGGUGACAUUAACCAGUUAUUAAUACAAAACAUGAAGCAGAAAUUCAUCGAAAUGUUCAAACUGAACAGAGAAAAGCCUUCAAAAUACGUUUUAUACAACAGAUUUAAUAUGUCAAGAGAAAUUGGCAACUGGCAAGAGGUUUUAGAUGCUAUUAGGACCCAACAUCCAGAGUACAAGUGGGAAGUAGGCUAUAACUUGAUUACUUUGGCCGAACAAGCGAAAUAUUUCAAUUCCAUCAGAGUUUUCUUCGCCGUUCACGGUUCUGUCCUUUCUAAUAUUAUAUUCAUGCAGAAAGGAACAUCAGUUGUUGAAUUACAAAUGGAAAAAUGGCUUCUUUCCUUCAUUUAUUUGGGAGGAUUCACAGAAGUUAAUAUGAUUGAAGGAAGAGAUGCGUCAAUCAUGCAUAUACCUGUCCAGAAGACAAAUGUUGAUGCUCUUUAUAUUUCUAGAUUAAUAACAAAGGCAAUUGAAAAAUUAGAAAAUUAA